ARCCUGAGCCCGCUGCAGAGGACCAGCCAGAGUCUGCCCAAGCAGUGAGUCAGUCAGUCAGUCAGGCCAGGGUCAGGCAGGGAAGCCGGGAGCACAUGUAUUGAAACAGGAAGGACCAAAAAGUUGUCCAUAUUGCUUUGUUAUGGUUUAGAGAAGUGUCAGGGAGGCAAGGUGACCAAAUGUAACUACAAACUAUAAUUACUGUACUGUCAGGUCUGUUUAAAACCUCUAGAAGUGUUUAUCCUCCGACCUUCAACCUCCACUCCUGUGUCCAUCCUAGCGAGCGCAUCCCUGAGAUGGCGGACUACAGUUACCUGGCCAUGUCCCGGAGCUGUGGAGGCAGCCACACCGUGACCUACCCCAACCGCCGCUACACCCGCCUGCAGCACAUCAGCCACUUCAUCCAGGCUGAGGAGGAGACACCGCCCAUCUCCAGCUCCCCACUGCGCAUUCAGCCGGAGGAGGUGGACAUCCUGGGAUUGGACGGACAUAUCUACAAGGGCCGCCUGAAAACCAGAUCGGUCAAGACUGUGGAUGCCGGACUACCCACCAUCUUUCCUGAAGACGGCAUGUGCAAGAGCAAAGACAAGAUCAUGCGCUCCCAGUUCCAGAAGCCUGGCUGCACAGAGCCGGGCUGUGUGACCCCUGUGCGACCCCAGAGUGCCAAGAUCCAGCGCAGCUGCUCAGCCUCAGGCAGCUCUGUGCGGGAUCGGCCCAUGUCUUCUUUAGGCUGCCUGUCCCAGGCUACCCUUCCCCAGAGCUCGUCCCAUGCUGACACCACCAGUGAGCUGCUGCAGCAAGAUCUGGUGCUUCACGUGGACCUGAGCCAAUCGGAGGAAGAGCCCGUCAUCAUCCUGUAGGGGGCGAUGGAGCGCCCCACACACCUUAUUUUAAUAAACAGUAUACAGCAGCAGCAGGAGGGUAUCCUGGUCUCCAUUUUGUAAUGGAGCAUACAGACGUUGUGAAAAUCAAGUCUGAUAUUAGUCAGUUAGGUUAUUUAUGGAUUGUAAUGGAAGAACACAAUUCUGGGACAUAUGAACACUGUUUCCAUGCAACAAAAUAGCUGAGMCACAAAAUAGCUGAGUCACAUUUCCAAAGUGUAGCUUUACAGGUCCGAUACCUUACGUGUGGCUACAUUACGAUUUUGGUUUAUGAUGCCUGAUUUUCAAUGACCAUAGAAAAGCUUUCAGACAGGUGACCUCAAAUACCAGACUGUUUGGAUGCAGAAGAAUACCACCAUGGAGCAAUUCAUUUGACAUAUAGGGUCUUAUAGAGCGGUAUCAUUAAGGGCUUGAAAUGUCUUCCCUCUCACAGACCCAAUUUCUGUAACGUCUGAUUCAUUGUAUUAGUUUCUCAAGUUGUUCCAUCACAUGUUAAGAGGAAGGACAUUCAUGCGUGCUGUCAUUACCACAAACAUGUACCCCUGUCGUGGACUCAUAACAAUGGUAGCCAGCCACCUGCAUCUAUUGGGGAAGCAAAGCAGCCAGGGUUGUAAAACCGGCCCAGAUGGCGUUCCCUUCAAAUGUCACCGUGCCUGUGUCCAGUUACAGCAGUCUCCUGGUGUCUGUGUUUUAAACAAGGGGGUUAGCUCUGUGUGCCUCACUCUGGCAUAGCGUAUCAUUUUUAACCAUGGCACAGCAUUGGGUAUCAUAGCAUACUUUUAGCGUAGUGCCAUGUCAGCACUCAACUGCAGUUGUCUGUGGGCCGGGGCGUGGCACGGGGGGGGGGG